CUUAAACUGUAAACAGCAUAGAACUGUAGUCGGUACGUGUUCUGUACUUUUACAGAAAAUUGUUAAUGUUUGUUUUAAUGAAAUAUAUCUUAUCUUAACUUAAUAAAAAACAUACAUGAUUUAAAAGCUUUUACGCAUAUGAAAUAAUGUCGCAGAAACGGAAGUUGUCCGAAGAAAAUGGUACUAAGUUCUUGGAACCAGCGUCCAAAACUGUACAUAUUCAGUGCCCCUAUUUGGAUACUAUCAACAGACAUGUAUUGGAUUUUGAUUUCGAGAAAUUAUGUUCAGUUUCUUUAACUCGUAUCAAUGUUUACGCCUGCUUGGUCUGUGGGAAGUAUUUCCAGGGCCGUGGUACCAAUACACAUGCUUAUACCCAUUCUGUGGCUGAUGGUCAUCAUGUAUUCCUGAACCUACAUACUUUAAAGUUCUACUGUCUGCCUGAUAAUUAUGAAGUUAUAGAUUCAUCUCUAAAUGAUAUCAAGUAUGUUCUGAACCCUAUAUUUACUAUGGAGCAGAUAAAGCAGUUGGACUCAGAUACAAAAAUGUCAAGAGCUAUUGAUGGUACAAUGUAUAUGCCUGGAAUUGUGGGUCUUAACAACAUUAAGGCUAAUGAUUAUUGUAAUGUUAUAUUGCAGUGCCUAUCACAGGUGAGGCCACUGCGCAAUUAUUUUUUACGUGAAGAAAACUAUGCUAAUGUAAAAAGACCACCAGGUGAUUCGUCAUUCUUGUUAGUGCAACGGUUUGGUGAGCUACUACGCAAAUUGUGGAAUCCUAGAGCUUUCAAGGCUCAUGUAUCCCCACAUGAGAUGCUUCAAGCUGUUGUACUGUGGUCUAAAAAGAGAUUCCAAUUUAUCAAACAAAGUGAUCCCAUUGAUUUUUUGUCAUGGUUUCUCAACUCCUUGCAUAUGGCACUUAAUGGGACCAAGAAACCUAACAGUUCAAUUAUCUACAAGUCAUUUCUAGGACACAUGAGAAUAUAUACAAGGAAGUUACCGCCACCAGAUGGUGAAGAAGCAGCUAAGGUAGACCUCAACAGUGAAGAAUACAAUGAGAUGAUAACAGAAUCGCCAUUUCUAUUUUUGACGUGUGAUUUACCACCUACACCAUUAUUCACAGAUGAGUUUAGAGAAAACAUCAUCCCACAGGUAAAUCUCUACCAAUUAUUAUCAAAGUUUAAUGGACAGGCAUCAAAAGAAUAUAAAACAUACAAAGAGAACUUUAUGAAAAGGUUUGAAAUAACACAACUCCCGCCAUAUCUAAUAUUGUACAUUAAAAGAUUCACUAAAAAUACAUUUUUCGUUGAAAAGAAUCCCACAGUUGUAAACUUUCCAGUCAAGAAUGUAGACUUUGGCGAUAUCCUCACUCCGGAAGUGAAAGCAAAACAUAAUGGUAAAACAAUAUAUGAACUGGUCGGGAACAUGGUCCAUGACGGUACACCAGAGAAGGGAACCUACAGAGCACAUGUUUUACAUAAACCAACUCAGCAAUGGUAUGAAAUGCAAGAUCUCCAUGUAACCAGCAUACUGCCACAGAUGAUCACACUGACUGAAGCAUACAUUCAGAUAUAUGAAUUGAAACAGGAUUAAUAUUAAGCUAAAUAUUAAAACUAAUAAGUUCUUACAGUAUCUUUUUUAUUUAUUGAAUAUACAAAUUCCUGAUAUUCUUAAGAUUCCAUUUAACAAACUGUGGCCUACGGAAUGACCUUACACUUAUAAUUAUGUCAUAUCAUUUCAUAAAUAUAUGAAA